UUCUAUGUUGGGAGGAGUUAUUUGAUAACCCCCUUUUAAGAUUAAGUUUUAAAAGUUGUUUUUUUUUUUAACGAUAAGAGAAUAUUCUCUUAUCAAAAUCAAAAUAACAAAAAGUUGUUAACGAUAGACUGCACAAAUGUGAUUUAGAUUUCUGAGAAAAAAAUGUAUGAAAGAGUUCCUGGAAAUUAAUUGUUUCUUUCUAAAUCUAAAAUAGAAAAAUGAAGAAACAGACUUCUUGAAAAGUGUAAUCAGAAGCUGUGACACAGUUUUAAAUUCGAAAGGAAUUACUUAUGCAGACUUGCAUACAAGUUCUUUAGUUUGAACUAUGAACUUCGUUACUGUGAUGGAUACUGCUUAAGUGCUUUACUGGAAAUACACUCGGAUAAACAUAAGUUUGGACAAAAGAAUAAAAGAUAAUUAUUACGAAACUUAAAUUGAACAUCAGUAUGGAUGAAGCUGAGGAAAAUGAAGGCAGACAGCUCGAGAAAGGAGAGGCUCCUAUAAUUCCACCUGUUCAAUAUGAAUAUUUGGACCAUACAGCUGAUGUACAACUUCAUUCUUGGGGUUCAAGUUUGAAAGAAAGUUUUGAACAGGUAGCUACAGCCAUGUUUAAUUAUAUGACCACUGACUAUAACACUGUGGAAAUGAAAGAGGUGCAUGAAAUAGAAGUUUCAGCGGAUGACCUCCUCUCACUGCUCUAUCACUUCCUGGAUGAAUUUUUGUUUCUGUUUUCUGCAGAACCAUUUAUCAUCCCACGGGUGGUACAGAUUACAGAGAUGGAUUUGGAUAAUUUUAAAAUAAAAGCUAGAGGAUUUGGUGAACCUUUUGACAUUGCUAAACAUCCUCAGGGUACUGAGGUCAAGGCUAUCACUUACUCCAACAUGCAAGUUCAUAGUGACUCCCCCACACAUGAUGUAUUUGUGAUAAUAGACAUUUAGCACUUUCUCCCAGUGGAUGUCAUAGUUGAAUCAUUGUUGAACAUUCAGGUCCUACUCUCUGUACGUCUAGCAGGGAUCUCUUAGUCUAACAUCUACAGUCUUGCAGGGAUCUCUUAGUCUUACAUCUACAGUCUUGCAGGGAUCUCUUAGUCUAACAUCUACAGUCUUGCAGGGAUCUCUUAGUCUUACAUCUACAGUCUUGCAGGGAUCUCUUAGUCUAACAUCUACGGUAUCUUCAAAGUCUAACCUGGGAAUGAAAAUCAAGUAAACGCUACACAUGCAUUAUGAUGACAUUGAGACAUUUGAUGGAAUGUACUUAGCAACUCUUUCUGCAGUUUUUAGAUUGGAAUAAUUGAGUACAUUUUUUUUUCUUCAUCUAUGUGAGUUUAACUCCAUUAUUCUUAGUUUUAAUCAUUAUUUUAAUUUAUGGGCUAUGAAAGAAAAUGUAAAUAUUUUAUCUAACAUAAAUGAGAAUGUAUAUUACCUUGGAUCUUUUUUGUCUGACUGAAAUCUUUCCAUCUGGGGACAAAUCUCAUUUAGCCAUCAUCUCAUAAGAUUUUAUUCUUAGUAACAUUUUAGCAUUUAUCUUUGUGGUGAAAAAAUUGUAAAUAAAAUAUUUAACAUAAA